AUGGGGGGUAAGUCUGAGAACAAGGCCAACUAUUUCGACAAGCUCAAGGGCUUGCUCGAGGCCUACAACUCCAUCUUCAUCGUUGAGGUUGACAAUGUCAGCUCCCAGCAGAUGCACGAGAUCCGACAGGCUCUCCGAAGCAAGGGUGUCGUCCUCAUGGGCAAGAACACCAUGGUUCGCCGAGCCUUGAAGACCUUCAUCCCCGACUCCCCCGAGUACGAGCGUCUCCUCCCCCACGUCAAGGGCAACGUUGGUUUCGUCUUCACCAACGACGACCUUAAGGAGGUCCGUGACAUCAUCCUCGCCAACAAGGUUGCUGCUCCUGCUCGUGCCGGUGCUCUCGCCCCCGCCGAUGUCUGGGUUCCUGCUGGAAACACUGGUAUGGAACCUGGCAAGACCUCUUUCUUCCAGGCCCUCGGUGUCCCCACCAAGAUUGCCCGUGGUACCAUUGAAAUCACCACUGAUCUCAAGCUCGUUGAGGCCGGCUCCAAGGUCGGUCCCUCCGAGGCCACGCUCCUCAACAUGCUUAACAUCUCUCCUUUCACCUACGGCAUGGGUAUCUCUCAGGUCUACGACCAGGGACAGUCUUUCCCUCCCAGCGUCCUCGAUGUCGGUGAGGAGCAGCUCCUCAAGACUCUGUCUCAGGCUAUCACCACCAUUGCCACCAUCUCUCUGGCAUUGAACUUCCCCACUUUGCCAUCUGUUCUGCACUCGGUUGUCAACAGCUACAAGAAGGUUCUUGCUGUUGCGAUCUCCACCGAGAUCACAUGGCCCGAGAUCGAGGAGCUGAAGGACCGCAUUGCCAACCCCGACGCUUAUGCUUCCGCCGCUCCUGCCGCUGCCGCUUCCGGUGGCGCUGCCGCCCCUGCUGAGACUGAGAAGAAGGACGAGUCCGAGGAGGAGGAUGAGGACGAGGAGGGCUUCGGCGGUCUUUUCGACUAA